UGUAAAGCCAUUGCACAAAAGUCUUUGUGGCAAACUCGGUAAUCUGCAGUAUUCAAACACACAAUAUACUAGCAGGUGUACAGUGCGUCAUAGACAGUCCCGAAAUGCAUACCCGUUUGUCUCACAUGGCUGUAUAUUCGGGUAUACUAUUUUAAUACGACUAUCGUCCUGUUCGAUAACUACAGCACUAGCAAAAGUCACUUAACAUAGUGUGCGGAAAACAGAUCUUUCCUAAAUGACCUUCGCCUUCUGAGGGACCGAGGUUGUUUUCGGCGGGACAGUUUUACAUAACGGCAAUGUCGCGGUGAUAUCCUGUGAUUUUAUACGUGAAUAGGCUAUCCAUAUACACACUACUCGGUUCAGGCCGAAUCACUAGAGCUGACAUUCGAGGGUUUAUUCUCCCCUUCUUUGCUAGUUUAAAACCGUGACCUAUAACAUUGGAUCAAUAACACAUCACGGUAAGGAGUACUUGAAUAGACUUCUCUUUUAUCACAAAAGAUACACUUACUGAGGGUCAACUUCGCCCAUAACACUACAUCGAGUCCACAGUCCCGCACAACGAGCUGAUGCAUGUGUGUAGGUACAAGCAGGAACUACAAGUUGCGUUUGCGGUGAGAGAUCUUUGAUCUAUAUAAGCUGCGAGUGCAUACAGAGUUGCGGUUUGUUGGACACCGCGUUCUGUUCGAUUUCAUGUACGGAUUUCGUACUUUAUAUUUUGUAGACACAUAUAGGAAAUUGUGAAUUUUGCAGGGCAAAUGUUUUCUUGUUGCUUCGGAGGAGGAGCCUCAUCGAACAAUCAGGGCAACAACCGCGAACCCAGGAGGGAUCCUGCUGCUGGUGGCGAGAGUAUAAUCAACGUAUACACCCCAGAGGUUAACCCUGGUGUGCCGGUAUCGGUGCAGCACGCAAAAUUCUUAGCCAUGCUGGACGCGAUGGAAGAAGCUAAUCACCCGCCGCCGGGACCAGACACUUUCAGUAAGCAACAAAUUAUGAAUACACCCAACACAAAUGCAAAUAUGAAUACAGGCAUGGGGGGUAGUCGUAAGGUUGGGAAUGCAUUUAAUAACCAUAGUCAAAGUACCGCGUCUCUGCGGUCAAUCCAAAGGGACGGCAGUAGGGGUUCGAUGUCCCCCAUGGCCCUGAGCGCUUCGAAGACUAGUUUAAAAAGCCAUCAUAAGAACUCGGCGAAGUCGUCGCCGAAGGCAAGUAUAACGCUGACACGACAACCGGAAAGGAAUCACGUUUAUAUAUCUCCAGAGGCCCCAAGUUAGGCCAACCGUCAGCUGACUAUUAAGGUUUAGGGAAGGGGUCGAGCUGCAUGCAGUACUGGCAGAAGAGCUACAUAUUGAAAGGGUUAUUGUCGCGUGGACACGUGUGCGCGUUUGUUGCCAUAUGCAGAUAGAAGCCAGUGAAAUUAGAUUUGCACAAGCGCGUGUAAUAACACUUGUAGAAGUGUACGCACUCAAGUUGAUUGAGUGAAUGGGGCUUGUAGGCUUCGUCUACCUCAUACUUGUCUGAUGUUAACAGAGGGUAUCCAAAGGUUGAGUGGCUCGACUUAAAAAAUGAAAAUAGGGACCGCAAUAUGUUGUACGUAGCUGACAUAAUUUAGUAGGAAACGGCUGUGCGGAAGCUGAAGAUCUAGGAUGUGGAGUUGGGAAGCAAUGAUAACAAAGCAAAUGAAACAGAAGGG